AUGGGCGACUACGGCCCCUCGGUGUCCACACGAUCCACCAUUGCCGGCAUUCCGCCGCAACCCACCGCCGAUGAGCACGAGAUCUCCGUGCUCAUCACCGGCUUUGGGCCCUUCAAAACAAACAACAUCAAUGCUUCUUAUCUAAUCGCCUCUACUCUCCCCUCAUCUUUCACCUUCCCCUCCCCCAAGGGCGACUCGGCAUCCCGCCGCGUCUCACUGCAUGUGUACCCAACCGCCAUCCCAGUCUCGUACAACACCGUGAAAGAACUCCUCCCGCAGAUUCUAGACGAGUACUCCGUUGCACAUGGCGGCCGUCGACCCGAUCUGAUUAUUCACAUCGGCAUCGCAUCUCCAAGACCAUAUUACUCCGUGGAGUCACUCGCCCACCGCGAUGAGUACGUCAUGACCGAUAUUGACGGUUGUGCGGGCUACGAAGCCGGUGAGAAGCGGUGGAAGGAGAUGGGAUUGCCGGAGAUUCUGAAACCCGGUCCUCCUGCAUCUGAUUCGUCGUCCAGUUCCUCCAUUGUUCUGCCGUAUCCGCCCAACGAGCAUUUCCUGGAUGCAUGGAAACUGUUUGCACCUGCAACGCUGGACCUGCGUAUUUCGCAGGAUGCGGGGCGGUAUCUCUGCGAUUUCAUUUUCUAUACGAGUAUGUCGCUGGCGCUGCAGGAGGGCCGCGCGCGAAAUGUGCUCUUCCUGCAUGUUCCGAGCGCGAGUGAGGAUGCGGAUAUCGAGCGCGGAAGGUCUAUUACCCUUGCUUUGGUGAAGGCUAUGGUGAGGUGCUGGAUUGAUGAGAAGAGUGAUGCAUACUUGUGA